AUGGCUGAAUCAAAACCUCAGGAAGAAAACUGUGAAAACUCAAUAAAGAAGAUGGAGAAGUGGAACAGGGACUUGGAAAAACUUCUGGAGGAAAUGGAAAAAAUAACAGUUCGCGCGGCCUGGAUGACCUACAACAUCGUCACCAUCCACACCAACCCAGACCUGGCCAACUCCAUGAGGCGCCUGCAAGACGCCUUCCUGAGGUGCAAAGAACAGUUGGGGAAGAGGUGGCAAGAGACGCUGAAGGAAUCCAAAGGUGAAGAGGAAUAACCUGAACUCACUGCUGCUGGCAGAACCUCGGGAAAUCGCCCUGUUGAUUUGCCAGCAGCGGAGGUUUCACAGCCUUGGUGGAAAAGGGAUCAGCUUUCACCACGCUAAGAACUUAUUUGUAAACAUCCAGGGAAGUGUUUAAUGA